AUGGACCAUCCGAGCGACGAUGAGAGCGCCCUCUCCUAUAGGUGGGACUUGGACCACAACCGCCUCAAGCCGGGUAAGGACUAUGUGCUCAACGUUGGCGGAGGCAAGACCAUCUGGGAGCGGGGGGACGCCGCUGAGGAGCGCCUCUUUGAACGGGUCGAGGAGGAGGUCUUCAGCCGCGAUACCUACCGGGCCUUCAUGCAGCUCCUCGAUAACUACGACCGCAGGCGCAGCGCAGCGGCCAUGCCCUGCAGCCCUCCCCGCCUACCCCCCCCCCCCCCCUCUCACCCGGCCGCCCUUACCCGGUUGCCUGUGGGGCAAUACCUCUGGAAGUACCUGCAGGCUAAGCAAAAGGCGCCAAAGUCGAGCCGUGCCUUUGCACAGCAAAUCUUCAAGGUGUGGUUCAAGUCGUUCGGGCGCGGCGAGGCCAAGGGGGCGAGCAGCGGUUUCGAGCACGUCUUCCUGGGCGAGGAGGACACGACGCCCGAUGGCCGGAUCACCAUAGCCGGCUUCCACAACUGGAUCCAGUUCUACUUUGAGGAGCGCUGCAAUCACCUGGACUACCGUGGCUACAUCCUGCCCAAGCGGCGCGGCCGGCGCCCCGACGAGCCGCCCGACGGCACCGAGCACUUCCUCUCGGUGCAGUUCGAGUGGGAGGGCGAGACCAAGCCCGUCUCCGGCAUGUUCGUCGGCGUCUCGCCCGAGUUCGAGCUAGCGCUCUACACGCUGCUCUACUACGAGGGGGGAGACAACAACAAGCUCCACCUCGGCGACGUCGACGUCAACCUCCGGGUCUACCGGCUGGACCGCAUCGGGUGCAUCUCCUCCGCCUUCCCCGAGGCGGCGGACAGCCUCGACGCAUGA